GGGCCUGCGGACGGGGGUGGCUAUGGGACUCUGCCCCGAAGAGCAGUACUGGGACCCCCUGCUGCGCAGCUGCAUCUCCUGCAAAUCUACCUGCAACCAGCGGAACCAGCGUACCUGUGCAGCCUUCUGCAAGUCACUUAGCUGCCGCAAGGAGCAAGGCAAGUACUAUGACCAUCUCCUGAGGGACUGCAUCAGCUGCAUCUCCACCUGUGGACAGCACCCCAAGCAAUGUGCAUACUUCUGUGAGAGCAAGCUCAGGAGCAGAGUGAACCUCCCACCAGAGUUCAGGAGACGGCAGAGUGAGGAGGCUGAAACCAGGUCAGACAACUCGGGAAGGUACCAGGCAUCAGAGCACAGAGGCUCGGAGGCAGGUCCAGCUCCCCCCGGGCCCAAGCUGAGUGCAGACCAGCUGGCGCUGGCCUACAGCACGCUGGGGCUCUGCCUGUGCGCUGUCCUCUGCUGCUGCCUCGUGGCCAUGGCCUGCUUCCUCAAGAGGAGGGGCGACCAGUUCUCCUGCCAGCCCCCGGCAGGGCCCUGUGGGUCCCCAGCCAAGUCUUCGCAGGGUCACACGACGGAAGCCGGCAGCCUCGCGGGCUCGCCGCCCGAGCCAGUGGAGACGUGCAGCUUUUGCGUCCCCGAGCGCAGGGCGCCCACCCAGGAGAGCGCGGGCGCGCCCGGGACCUUCGGCCUCGCCGGGACCGUGGCCCUGCAGCCCUGCGCGAGCGCCUCCGACGGCUGCCUCGGCGUCGUGUGCGCGCCCGCCCAGGAGGGGGGCCCGGGCGCGUGA